UCGUCACGUGACAAGGAAGUGCCGUUAGUAGCGUUGUCCCCAGGUCCGCGGCUCUCCUGGAUGACGUCAGCAAGGAAGGGGGGAACGGGAGGAGAGACUGGAGACUGAAGUUCGCGUUCCGCUGUUAGUGCAUGGUGAGGAAUACUGUACCUAUCAUUCAACAAGUUUCAGCUUUCUGGCUAAAUGACUUUUGUGCCAGUGAUACCAGAGUCCUACAGCCAUGUUCUCGCAGAGUUUGAGUCUCUGGAUCCGUUACUCUCAGCCCUGCGGCUGGACUCCAGUCGUCUAAAGUGCACAAGCAUAGCCGUGUCACGGAAAUGGUUGGCUUUGGGCAGUUCUGGAGGAGGACUCCAUCUCAUUCAGAAAGAAGGCUGGAAGCACAGGCUUUUUCUUUCACACAGGGAAGGUGCAAUUUCUCAAAUCGCCUGUUGUUUACAUGAUGAUGAUUAUGUUGCUGUAGCUACCAGUCAAGGUCUUGUAGUUGUUUGGGAAUUAAAUCAAGAGCGUCGUGGGAAACCAGAACAAAUUUAUGUGUCUUCAGAACACAAAGGCCGAAAAGUCACAGCGCUCUGUUGGGAUACAGCUAUCCUUAGAGUUUUUGUAGGUGAUCAUGCUGGGAAGGUUUCUGCCAUCAAACUCAAUGCUUCUAAACAAGCAAAGGCAGCUGCUGCUUUUGUGAUGUUUCCUGUUCAGACAAUAACAACAGUUGACUCCUGUGUUGUACAGUUAGAUUAUUUGGAUGGAAGGCUACUUAUAUCUUCACUUACUCGAUCCUUCUUGUGUGACACUGAAAGAGAAAAGUUUUGGAAAAUCGGAAACAAGGAAAGAGAUGGGGAAUAUGGAGCUUGCUUCUUUCCUGGAAGAUGUUCUGGGGGCCAGCAACCUCUCAUAUUUUGUGCUCGCCCAGGCUCUAGGAUGUGGGAAGUGAACUUUGAUGGAGAAGUUUUAAGUACACAUCAGUUCAAGAAACUUCUCUCAUUGCCACCUCUCCCUGUGAUUACUCUAAGAUCAGAACCUCAGUAUGAUCAUACAGUUGGAGCCUCUCAAUCUCUGUCUUUCCCUAAACUCUUACAUCUUAGUGAGCAUUGUGUGCUGACUUGGACAGAAAGAGGAAUUUAUAUUUUCAUUCCUCAGAAUGUUCAAGUACUUCUUUGGAGUGAAGUCAAAGAUAUUCAGGAUGUGGCUGUCUGCAAGAAUGAAUUGUUCUGUUUGCACCUAAAUGGAAAAGUCUCACAUCUCUCCUUGAUAUCUGUGGAGCGCUGUGUGGAACGCCUGCUAAGAAGAGGGCUAUGGAACCUGGCUGCUCGCACAUGCUGUCUUUUUCAAAAUUCUGUCAUUGCCAGCAGAGCAAGAAAAUCUUUGACUGUAGAUAAAUUAGAGCAUUUGAAAUCUCAGCUGGACCAUGCCACCUACAGUGAUCUAAUUUCUCAACUGGAGGAAUUGAUCUUAAAAUUUGAACCUUUGGAUUCAGCUUGUAGCAGUAGAAGAAGCUCCAUUUCAUCACAUGAAAGUUUCAGCAUCUUGGACUCUGGUAUUUAUCGUGUCAUUAGUAGUAGAAGAGGCAGUCAGUCAGAUGAAGACUCUUGCUCUCUUCACAGCCAAACCCUCUCAGAAGAUGAGAGAUUUAAAGAAUUCACCUCACAGCAAGAAGGGGACCUGCCAGAUCAGUGCUGUGGCUCACAUGCAAAUGAAGACAAUGUUUCUCACGCUCCAGUGAUGUUUGAGACAGAUAAGAAUGAAACUUUUCUUCCCUUCGGUAUUCCGUUACCAUUUCGUUCCCCAUCUCCUCUUGUGUCUCUUCAAGCUGUCAAAGAAAGUGUUUCUAGCUUUGUGCGAAAAACUACUGAGAAGAUUGGCACCCUUCACACAAGCCCUGAUCUGAAAGUGAGACCAGAGCUCAGGGGUGAUGAGCAAUCAUGUGAAGAGGCUGUGAGUUCAGAUAUCUGCCCAAAGGAGGAAGACAUUGAGGAGGAUAAAGAGGUAACUAGUCUACCUCCGGAAGAAGACAGGUUCCAGGAGCUUAAAGUAGCAACAGCACAAGCAAUGACCAAGCUACAGGACCCUCUGGUUUUAUUUGAACCUGAGUCUCUGAGAAUGGUUUUACAGGAGUGGCUUUCACAUUUAGAAGAAGCAUUUGCCAUGAAGGACUUUUCAGCAGUUUCAGAUACUGACAACUCAUCCACGAAAUCGAACCAGGAUGUACUCUUGGUUAAUGAAUCAAAAAAAGGAAUAUUAGAUGAACACAAUGAAAAAGAAAAAAGGGACUCUUUAGGCAAUGAAGAAACUGUUGAUAAAACAGUAUGUGAAUGUGUAAGGAGUCCAAGGGAGCCUUUGGAUGUUGACCUGUUUCAAAUAUGUUCUCCAUGCACCAUUCCAAGUGGUCUUCAGAAUGACCUGGCUGAAUUGACAACAUUGUGUUUGGAGUUGAAUGUAUUGAAUUCUAAGAUCAAAAUCACCAGCGGACAUGUGGACCACACUUUGCAACAGUACUCUCCUGAGAUUCUGGCUUGCCAGUUCCUGAAGAAAUACUUUUUUCUCCUGGACUUGAAAAGAGUGAAGGAGAGUAUCAAGCUUAGUUACACUAAUAGCCCUUCUGUUUGGGAUACUUUUAUUGAAGGAUUGAAAGAAAUGGCAAGUUCCAAUCCUGUGUAUAUGGAGAUGGAAGAAGGAGAUCUCCCAACAAGACUUAAGUUACUAGAUGCUGCAGUUCCUUUUGACAGUCCAGUGUUGAUUGCUUAUGCUACCAGGUUAUAUGAGAAGUUUGGGGAAUCUGCCCUUCGAUCCUUAAUCAAGUUCUAUCCAUCCAUUUUGCCAUCGGAUAUCAUACAACUUUGUCAUCAUCACCCUGCUGAGUUUUUGGCCUAUUUAGACAGUCUGGUGAAAUCAAGGCCUGAAGAUCAGCGGUCAUGUUUUCUUGAGUCCCUUCUGCAACCAGAGUCUUUAAGGUUGGAUUGGCUGCUUUUGGCAGUGUCCUUUGAUGCUCCACCAAUCACCAGCAUAAUGGAUGAUGAAGGUUAUCCCAGGCCUCAUUCACACUUGCUUUCUUGGGGUUACAGUCAGCUGAUCCUUCAUCUAAUUAAACUUCCUGCAGAGUUUAUAACCAAAGAGAAAAUGAUUGACAUCUGCAGGUCUUAUGGUUUCUGGCCUGGAUAUCUAACUCUCUGUUUGGAGCUGGAGAGAAGAAGAGAGGCUUUCACCAAUAUUGUGUAUCUGAAUGAUAUGAGCCUGAUGGAAGGGGACAAUGGUUGGAUCCCAGAGACUAUGGAGGAAUGGAAGCUUCUCCUUCAUCUCAUACAGAGCAAGAGCACGAAGCCAGGCCCGCAGGAGCCACUAAAUGGGAGCCUCGGUGAUGGGCCUUCCCCCAUCAAUGUGGAGAACGUGGCACUUCUGUUAGCUAAGUCCAUGGGCCCAGAUCGGGCUUGGUCACUGCUACAGGAAUGUGGUCUCGCCCUUGAGUUGUCAGAGAAGUUUACCAGAACCUGUGAUAUCCUGAGGAUUGCCGAGAAAAGGCAGAGGGCCUUGAUACAAAACAUGCUUGAAAAAUGUGAUCGGUUUCUCUGGUCCCAGCAGGCCUAGUGGGAGAAGAUUCAGCAGGAUGUCAUGACAUUUUGAGAAAAACUAAAUCAUGCUCCUGGACCUUCUGAAUGCUUUUGUUAUUGAAAGAAAGACGCCACACCCAAAUCCUGCCACCUUAUUGGGGCUACUUUUGUCAGUAUCUGUACCCUUGGCAUCGGCAUCUGUGACGCUUUAUCCGUGACCUCAGCAUUCCUUAACCAAAGUUUUACUCCGCAUUUCUUAACCAAAGUUGGAUUUUGAAAACAGUCAGUCCUUGUUUGCUGGAAUUAGAAUGUGAACAUCCUAGUAUUAUUCUGAACUACAGUAUUAAUUGCUUGUUGCUAGUGGAUUAGGGAGAUUCUUUUCUUACUGUGGCUUCCAUGUGGGCAGCAGAAGCUUUUCAUCCUGGUCACAUGAAGACAGAUAAUAUUAUUGACUGGAGUUGAAUUUUUUUGUAUCUUAUCUGGUACAAUCUGGAAAUUACUGAAAUAAGACCUUGUAUAAUGGAAUUAACACACCAAAUAAGUAGAACACUGAAGAUUUGAAUUAGAUAUUUAAGUAAAAUGGGACCAGGUGCAGUGGCUGAGGCAUUUAAUCCCAACUCUUUGGAAGAUCAAGAUGGAAGGAUCAUGUGAGGCCUGGAGUUCAAGACAAACCUGAGCAACAUAGUGAGAGCUCACCUGUACCAAAAAUUUA